AUGAAAUUAUCUGAUAAAAUUACUGGGUCAGUUGCUACCAAUUUUCUUAAAAAGACAAGGGACUAUUUGAUAUCAGACCCUGCUUUAGAACUGGGCAUUUCUCAAAUCCUAAAAGACAGGUCACGUGAUAAUGAUGAUGAACCCAAUCAGAAUUUCCCUUGUGCAAAUGAUACAAUUAAUUUCACACCAUACCAAAACAUUCGCACACAAAGAAAACAAACAAACGAAGGAAUGUGCAAUCGUACUAUUCAGAUUUAUAACGCAUCCUUAGAAAUAACAACCGCUGUUCUGAAACCAUUCCUGAGAAGAUAUGGUGAAUUGGAAGAAAAUGGAGUUUAUGUGACUAGAUGUAAUCCAUAUCAACCAAAUAAACAAAUUUUUUAUGCAGACGCCUUUUAUGGACACCCAAUAUUAUGGGUUUAUAAUGAAAUGCUUUAUGUUACUCUGAUGGAGUUAAGUCUAGAUAAAAGGGAAGAAAGAAGAGCUUUCUGUGCUAAGUUAAAUGGAUUACCUUCAAAUGCAAAUGCUAGAGAAUAUUAA